UUUCCUCCCCCUUGAUGACUCAACAAUGGAUCCCAUAUCAUUCAAAGUUAAAAAUCCUCAAACGUCCAGUGAUGGUUCAGUAGACUUCCGUCUUCAGCUUGUGGGUUCUCUGCCCGUACACACUCUGACCACUAUGGCUGUGCUCCCUUGGAUUGUGGCAGAGAUACGGCAGCUGAGCACACAGUCCUCGAAGGAAGAACCUGGCACCAGCCAAGUCCGGCUUUAUGUCUCACCAACCAGGUUGCGGUGUGAUACGGAUACAGGAGAAAGCCAGCAGUGGGAUCCUCUGAUUUGUUGCAGCUUGUUCGAGCACAGGCCGCAGCAUGUCCACAAACUGAUUCACAACAGUCAAGAUCCCAGCUAUUUUGCUUGCUUAAUAAAAGAUGGAGCAGUAAAUCAGCAAAGCAUCUGUUAUGUAUUCAAAGCUGAUGAUCAAACAGAAGUGCCUGAGAUUAUAAACACCAUCAGACAAGCUGGGAAAAUUGCACGCCAAGAAGAGUUUCAGAAUAACCUCUCAGAUGUCGAAGAUCCUUUUAGCAAAAAAUUCGAGGUCCUGUUCUGUGGCCGAGUGACUGUAGCUCACAAAAAUGCACCUCCAGCACUCAUAGAUGAAUGUAUUGAAAAAUUUAAUGAUGUUAGUUGUACCAAAACCUUGGAUUCUAGUCCCUUCUCCCAACAACAUGAAACUGCCAACCACUCUGGAGGAUUUUCCAUCAGUGAUAAAUUCCGAUCCGUCUUCCAACCCUUGGUAUAUGAAGAACAGGAGAAAAGGCCAAUGAGGAAAUCCUACUCCCAGCCAGGACUGCGUUCUUGUUCUUUCAAGAGAGAUUUGCAAACCAGGGGCCUGAGGAGUCACAGCUUUACCAGAUCCUUUGAUGAAGAUGGUGUUUCUCUGAACUUGAGCAGUCGAUUCAUUCACGGGCAAAAUGUGGUGCAGCCAACAGAUAUUGCAGGGAACCGGAUUAUGUUGUUCACGAUUGGCCAGUCUGAAGUUUACAUUAUCAGUCCUGACACCAAAAAAGUAGCCAUUGAGAAAAGCUUUAAGGAAAUUUCCUUUUGCUCUCAGGGAAUUAGGCAUGUGGAUCACUUUGGAUUUAUCUGCAGAGAGGCCUCAGAAAAUGGCAGCUUCCAUUUCGUAUGUUAUGUGUUUCAGUGUACAGAUGAAGCUCUGGUUGAUGAGAUCAUGAUGACUUUGAAACAGGCGUUCACGGUGGCGGCCGUGCAACAGACCGCCAAAGCACAACUCCAGCUCUGCGAAGGGUGUCCCAUGCAGAGCCUGCACAAACUCUGUGAAAAGAUCGAAGGGCUCCAUCCUUCUAAAACUAAACUGGAACUCCAGAAGUACCUAACAACCCUGAAUAACGAAGAGCAGGUCUCUGUCUUUGAGGAAGUCCAGAAAAUAAGACCGAGAAAUGACCAGAAGGAGAAUGAGGUAAUAAUCUCGGUGCUGAGAAACAUGUAUGAAGAAAAACAGAAGGAUCACAUUCACCUUAGUGAAACCAAGCAGACUUCACAUCCCUCAUUAGAGGCCAUGGGAAACGAGACCUCGAGCAGCGCACCCCGGUUCAGACUGGAAAUAUUGAAGAGCAAAGCAAAAAGGUCACUGACAGAGUCACUGGAGAGCAUUUUGUCCCGAGGAAGUAAAGCCAAAGGUCAGCUAGAAAGUUCUGGCAGCACUGAUUUGGACAGUUCCCUGUCUAGCACUCUAAGUACUACAAGUAAAGAAACAUCUCUGUGUGAGAAAGAAAUCCUUCCCCCCGAGACCCCACUGAAGGCGACUGGCUCUACCAACAGUCUCUCCAGUGAACCCGAGAGCCCUCCCACUGACCGGACGGCAAAAGCAGCUUACCAGGGCUUUAGACGGCGAGCAAAUACCCUGAGCCACGUGCCGACGGAAAGCCAGGAGCCUUCAGAGCCUGCCGAAGCUUCCCCUUCUGUUCCCCAGAGGAAACUUAUGAGGUAUCAUUCCGUGAGCACAGAGACUCCACACCAGCAAAACUCAAAAACUUCCUCCGAACAGUCUCCAGCUGCUGCUCCUCCUCCAGCUGCAGCUCAUCUUAAUCCCUCGUCAUCCUCGCCCAAUUUCUUUAAGCAUCUUAGGCAUAAUUCCGGUGGAGAGCAAAGCGGGCAUGCUGGGCCAAAGAGCACCUCCUGCCGUUCUUCUCUGCGGAAAAAACUGCACUCUUCCUCUUCUGUGCCAAACUUCUUAAAAUUUCUGGCUCCCGUAGAUGAAAAUAACACCUCUGACUUUAGGAACACAAAAAGUGACUACAAGCCCAAAUUGGAUGGAGAUCCUGCCUAUGAAACCCCUGUGAGGACUCGCCGGCAUUCUUGGAGACAACAGAUAUUUCUGCGAGUGGCGACACCACAGAAAGGAUGCGAUUCUCCCAGCUGGCAUGACGACUACUCUGAGCUGGGAGAGCUUCCCCUGAGAUCGCCACUGCAACCGGUUUGUGAAGACGGCCACUUUAGGACCAUAAAAGAAGAGAGGAAAAGGACCUCCAAGGAACUGCGGGAGCUGUGGCAGAAAGCCAUCCUCCAGCAAAUAUUGCUGCUGAGGAUGGAAAAGGAAAACCAGAAGCUGCAAGCUUCUGAAAAUAAUCUGCUAAAUAAGCGUCUGAAGCUCGACUAUGAAGAAAUCACCCCGUGCCUCAAAGAAGUAACAUUGGUCUGGGAAAAAAUGUUGAGCGUGCCAGGAAGAUCAAAGACCAAGUUUGACAUGGAAAAAAUACAUUCUGCGAUUGGGAAAGGAGUCCCUCGGCAUCACCGGGGUGAGAUCUGGAAGUUUUUAGCGGAGCAGUACCAGCUGAAGCAUCAGUUUGCAAGUAAACAACAACCCCAGGACACACCUUACAAAGAACUCCUGAAACAGUUAACCUCGCAGCAGCAUGCCAUACUGAUUGACCUAGGGCGCACCUUUCCAACCCACCCGUAUUUCUCAGCCCAGCUUGGAGCAGGGCAGCUGUCGCUCUACAAUAUCCUGAAGGCCUAUUCCCUCCUGGAUCCGGAAGUAGGCUACUGCCAGGGCCUGAGUUUCGUGGCGGGCGUGCUGCUGCUUCAUAUGGCCGAAGAAGAGGCUUUCAAGAUGCUCAGGUUCCUCAUGUUUGACAUGGGCCUUAGGAAACAGUAUCGACCCGACAUGACCAUUUUACAGAUCCAGAUGUAUCAACUCUCUCGACUCCUUCAUGAUUACCACAGAGACCUCUACAAUCAUUUUGAAGCGCAUGAAAUUGGACCUAGUCUGUAUGCUGCCCCAUGGUUUCUUACUAUGUUUGCUUCUCAGUUUCCCCUGGGAUUUGUGGCCAGAGUGUUUGACAUGCUGUUUCUCCAAGGUUCAGAAGUUAUAUUUAAAGUGACUUUGAGCCUGCUGGGAAGCCACAAGCCCUUGAUUCUGCAGCACGAAAGCUUGGAGGCAAUAGUCGAUUUCGUUAAAUGUACUCUCCCAAACCUGGGCUUGGUGCAGAUGGAAAAGACCAUUAACCAGGUAUUUGAGAUGGACAUCUCCAAACAGCUGCAAGCGUAUGAAGUUGAAUAUCAUGUACUUCAGGAUGAACUGAUAGAUUCGUCACUCAAUGACAAUCAGAGGAUGGAUAAAUUAGAAAAAGCGAACAGUAGUUUACGUAAACAAAACUUUGACCUCCUUGAAGAGCUGCAGGUGUCCAAUGGAAAGAUCCAAAACCUACAGGUCAUGGUUGAGAGUCUGUUGAACAGUGAGAGUAAACUGAAGCAGACUGUUCUCACUCUGGAGCUAGAGAGGAAAGCCUUGCUGGAGGCGGUGGAAGAGUUGCACUCACAUUCAGCCAGGCCCACUGGAAACCCUCUGUUUACCAGGCAAGAGCACAUGGAUGCUGCUAUCUGACAGCA